UGUUAUUAUGUUUUGCCAAAAAUGAAGGAACUGCAGCCUACACAAUCAGGAAAGAAUGAUGAAGUCCGGAAAAGUCUUCCUCGCUGUGCUCUAUCUCCUGCUGUACAGCAGCUUCUCAACUGCCAAUCUCGACCCAGAUGUUGUAGAUCAAGUGGAGAAGGGUAUCAGCACCACUGUUGAAUUGUCAGAAAUCCUGAAUGAGCUGGUAGAGUGGGCUUCAAAAGCCGAAAAAGGGGGAAAGAUUAUCCAGAAAGCCAUUGGCAUCUUUGGCAAGCUUGGGAAGAUUGCAGCUAAUCUAGGUCCUCUUGGAGCAGUGGUGGGUUUAAUCUUUGCUUUUAUUCCAAAAGAGGACCCAUUGUUAGAGUUCAUGAAGGUCCAGUUUUCAGAGGUCAACAGGAAACUGGACUCCAUGGCACUGCAAAUAAACACUCUGGGAAAGGAAAUUGAAUGGGCAGCAUAUGCCAGCGCCUACUCCCGUGACGAGAACAACAUAAAGAAUGCCUGGAUUAAACUGAGAGAGUUCAUAGACCAUGCUGCUGAAGCAAAGACAAAAGAGGAGAAGAUGAGAGUGGCUGAAAGAUUUGUCACUUUCUACGAGACAACUGGAACAGAGAGCAGUGUUUUUAACUUUCACAGAUACCUGACUGAGAACAACCCAACCAGCCUGAAUCAGAACCUUUUAGUUCUUGUCACUCAAAAGUCUAAAGGGGAUUUUAAGACCCUUGUGCAAUUCACUUCAUAUUUUACUUCCCUGAUGGUCACUGGCCUGCAGCUGAAUCUGUAUUAUUAUGCCUUAAAGGGAUAUGAUGGUAAGCUUAAAGCGAAAGAGGCAGUCACACAGCUAUCCAACAUCCAAGAAAAGAUACAGGACGUCUUGAUUGAGUGCACAGACAACUUUGAGGUGUGGGCAGAGAAGGAUGUCCAGCAAAUAGGGACCAAUCCUUUGCCAGAUAAUAUAAAUCUUGCCUACAGGAUCAAGAAGCAUUUGGACAAGAAGUUCAACUGGUUUGAGUGGACAGUCAUUGUACAUGAGAAAAAAGAUGGAGAAGAGAGGACUAAUGGAAACUCCAUUAAAGUUAUCGCUCAAGACAAAGUAGUGAUACACCUCCUACACAGGGAGAAAGGGUUCACUGUAAAAGGGGGCAUUAAAACCGCAAUGAAACAGGAAUGGAAUAGAAAUGGAAAACUCUGUGCAAACAAAAUUUCCAAGUGGCCCAUUAUUUUUUCAAGUGUCGCUAUGAAGCAUGUAGAAUACAUUCAUGAGCCUUCAGAUUAUGAUCAAACAGUCGAUAAUGAGUUAGUGAAACUAGAAUGUCCAAUGACGAUGAUGAUUCUAUCUGGACAUGUGCAAUACACAGGCUACACAACAUUUACAAUAUAUUUAAGGAGUCAGAAACUUGUUGAAAACCGUCCUUGUUCUGAUGUGAACUGUAACAAUGGUAAAUGUAGACAAAUUAAGGACACGUCAGGUGGAAUCUGUAAGUGUGAGAAAAUGUUCUAUGGCCCAACCUGUGAGGGAAGUGUACAGAAUGACAUUGACUUUGCAGCCGUGGAGAGUGAGCUCAUUGGUAUCACUUUCCAGCCUGUGCCAGACUUGACUGCUAUUUAUUUUGAUCUUCGGGAAAUGAAAGAAUAUAUAGGAGCCCAGCUGGACAACCUACGGCAAGACAUCCAGUGGACACACAUAUUCAUUAAAUACAAUACUGUCAUUGAGAAAUUCACAUAUUUGGCAAAAGUGCACAAUUUUCUUAAAAAGGAAAGAAUGUCACAGGAUAAGUAUGUCUUAGAGGUCGAAACCAUUUUUACUGAAGGCACCACAUUCCCUUUCAUGCUGCACAAGUUUGAUCUGAUGAUGCAGGGAAAAGGCUUUGGAGAUAAAGCAAAUAUCCUGGACAUUCUUCGGCAAUUACUACUCACAGAAUCAGCUGAUCAUUCAAAUCCUAUAACAGCAUGCUCUAAAUCCUACAGUGAGAGAAUUGAUUAUUUUGUUCGCAUUAUGUUUGCUAUGGAGCAGGAAGCUGUCUUAGGCUGGCAGAAAUAUUUGUUGAUCAAACACAAGUCACAAAAGCCAGUGACUCCAGAAGAACUGCAGCUUGGCCCUAAAGCUGUACAAAAUAUGGUACACAGACGUGCACAUAUGAGGUCCAAUGAAUAUGUGAUCAAUUUGUUUAAAGAGUAUAUAUCUCAGCAGUGGACCCUGUUCAACAGGAAUGGCUGUGGCCCACUCAAGGCAGAGCUCCUCUCCAACAGUUACUGUGAGAAGCCCUAUCAUAGCACAGACCAGCAGGAGGUCCCACUAUCAUGCCAGAAUGAUUACCAGCCCUUUCCAGAGACGGAGCAGUGCUCUAAAGGAAAAUGGAGAGUCCUUCCUGUCUGCUACGCUCAUCCUGAGAGGGGGAGCACCGUGUGUACACCUGAGAAAGGAGCUACAGUCUGUACAUCCUCCUGUCAUGGGGGUUGGGCCUCCGCCAAAGGGCAGACCAGUGACACCUACCGAUGCACCCAGCAGCCCUGUCCUUCAUUCACUCCCCCAGCUUGUGACAGAUGUAUCAAGGACAGUGCGUGUGGACAAAGUGAGGUCUGCCGCAAUGGUGAAUGUGUGGACGGAUGCAGUGUGUUUCGCUGUGGGGUAAAUGCACAAUGUUCCACCACAAACCACGUCCAGAGCUGUUCCUGCGUGAGUCCUUGGGUUCUGUGGGAAGGACAUGAUGCACACUCACAGGGAUGCCGCUACCAGAACCUGAGAUGGGUUCCUCGUUCCCAGAAUGAUGGUAUUCCACAACAUACUGUGAAAUCUCGAACCGAACACCAUGUUUGUCGAGCUAGAGGCCCAGAUGGUGGAUGGCAUGGAGGAUGGAUCUGGAUCCAUAGUGUCAACACCUGCAAUUAUGAAUAUGAUUGGAAGGAGAGGAGGGCUACCAGUUUUCAGGUGCUGGUGGACCCCUGUGGGAGCAGCGGAGUGCAGUGGUUGAGUGGAGGGAUAUACCACAACACUGUAGAGAUUGGCCAGGCUAUUUCAUGGCCCUGGAUUACAUGCCUGGUGUGCAGUCAGAAGAGCAAUCCAGGCAUUCCAGGAAAACUCUUUCGAACGAGGCAUGGACUGAUGUGUCACUACGGCUAUAGAGACAGCGGGAAACGUGACAGCAAUUUCUACUCUCUUGUGAAGAAACAAUGUAUUUAAACUUGUUGAAUCCUUAUUUUUUUUCUUUCCAAAGCAGUCAAUUAUAGAUAUUAGUUAUUAGUAAUUGAGAAAAAAAUGAUUUGUGUUAUCCGGCAUUGUGCAGCAUAGAUUG